AUGCCACUCGCUGCCGGUGCCUAUGUUGUCACGGGAAGUGCUCGUGGGAUGGGUCUCGAGCUAGUCACACAAUUCCUCAGCGCUGGUCACACAGUAGUAGCCGCCAGCCGAAAUGCAAUUUCAUCUAUCAACCUCAAUACACUCGCAGCAUCGCCGGCGGGCGAGAGACUAGUCAUCUUAGAUUGUGAUGUUGGCUCGCCCCAAAGCGUCGAGCAUUUCGGGGCAGAGAUCAGGAAGUAUGUGUCUAGCGUUGAUGUUCUCGUCAACAAUGCAGGUAUAUCCCACGAACUUCCCAACGAAGAUGUGUCCAACGUCCAACCUAGCAGCAUACUGGACCACAUCAACAUAAACGUAGUCGGCACACUUCUCAUAGCCCAAGCCAUUGCUCCGCUCUGUCUCCCAGGCUCGAAAAUGAUAAACAUUUCCUCCAUGUGCGCGUCUCUGGAUCUCGCUCCACGGCGCCCAAUUCCAAAUGUUGUUGGCUAUAGCAUUAGCAAGGCUGCGUUGAAUAUGCUGACGGUCAAACAAGCUAUGUUUUAUAAGAAAUGUGUGGUUGUGGCCGUGGACCCGGGGAACGUGAAGACGGAUAUGAAUCCUGACGCAACGAAUAGCGUGGAGACAGUUGUUGGGUCAUUGCAGAAAGUGGUGGAGGGUUUGAGGAAAGAGGAUUCCGGAUCCUUUGUUUCUUGGGAAGGAGGGAAGUUGAGCUGGUAG